GCCUUCGUUGCUCUCCGUCAGCCAGCGCCAUCCCACCACCAUCCAUCUCUCGCCCAACCUCCAAGUCCCACCGCCGUCCAUCCAGCCCCCGGCCGUAUCCGUCUUUCUCCGCGGCUACUCCCUCUCUCUCCUCUUGCUUGUUCGGCCUGUCUGCACUUCCUCCCUCCCCCACUCACCCCGCCUGGCCCUCUGCCACCGGCGAGAUGUCUCAAGAAUCCGUCUCCAAUCCCUCCACCCUCGCUCCCCCAUCCAGACACUCCUCCCCCACGACCCAUGCUGUCAACUUUCUGAUUUACCAAAAGGAUGAGCUCCAGAAGCUCACGGAUCUCAGCCUCUCGGUCUCCGAGAUUGACCACCGUCCCAACAUUAUCCGCUUCGAUGAGGCCGGCCGCAGGAUCAUGUCCCGCCAGUUCCGUGCAAACGCUUACACCUUCCCUGAGCGCAUCGAGUACCUGCUCGACAUUGCCCUGAUCUUGUACCAUGCCGGGUACAGGCUCACCACCGAGGCCUGCCAGAUGCUCGACGACGCCAAGAAGGACAGAGAGCUGUCCAAGUGGCGAGUCAUGGUCAACGACGAGAUCCACAACAAGCUCAAGUUUGUGCGCUACUACUGCCUCUCCCAGGUCGCCUUCCUGACCAUGGGAGACUUUGUGGGCCUCGUCCUGGCUCUCGUUCGGCGCCAUGCCACUUUCCCGCUCGAGAUGGGCGACUUUACUGCCUUCCUUCUCGAAAAACGCUGCAUCGAGCAUGUCUCUGCGAUCCAGGAACCGCCCGUUCGCCGAAAGCGCUCUCCCAGGCGGGCUGCCUCUCCCGACAUUAUCCUCCCUGAUGCCGACGCUACUUCUGCUGCCUCUGCUGCCUCCUCUGCCUCUGAUUCCCUCCCUCUGGCCCCUGCCACUCUCGCUUCUGCUUCUACCUCUGCUGCCGAGUUUGCUGCCUCCCUUCGCACUCCCGUUGCUGCUGCUGGGUCGGUCGCAUUCCCCACCCCGUCCCCCAGCGGCUCUCCCCUCUCUGGAAACGGCUCGGUAGAUUCGAGCUCGGCAGACUCGAGCCAGAUCGAGUCGUAUGACCUCCUGGGCAGCGAUCUCAACUUGCUCCCCGUCACCGACCCAGCCGACAACGACCCCAACCAGCCUCUCGACCAUGGCGACCUUGGCAACGGUCAGCUCGCAGUGAUGCCGUAUCCCCUCCAGUUCGGCCAUCCCCUCCAGAUCUCCGGCGAGGUCAUUCAGCAGACAGUUUGCAGCUACUUUGAUAACUUUUGCUUCCGCGGCGUCCGCUCGUUCAUCCAUAGAAACUCGACCUUCAUGAACUGGAACAGGCUCUCCGAUGUUCUCAAGAUGUCCAUUCUCGGCCACUCGCUGCAAACUUAUCGCCCCAACACUUCCGCCUUGUCACCCGUGCAUGCCAGGGCCUAUUAUCGAAGGGCCUGCGAGCUCAUUAUGGAAGGCAUCGACGAGGUCUCGAUCGAUAUGCUGCAAGCUAUGCUCAUCUGCGUGCACACCUCCCUCCGCAAUCGCGAUGGCAACAUGGCCAUCCGCCUGCUCUACACCGUCCUGCGCUACACAAAGUAUAUGGCCCAGACGAUUGCCCGCGGCGACCCACUCGCCGCCGAAACCAUGCAGCGCAUCGUAUACCAUUCGAUGUGCACCAUCAUCAACUUUGAUGGGCACUCGAUCUCCCUGCGCGGGUAUUCACCCUUGAGCGCCGAAGUUGUUCAGUCGGCCCUGCGCCAGAUGAUUCAGCCGCCUCGAAGCGAAGCCGCUUGGAACGAAAGCCACUUCCAGCCCGCCCUCAACGCAUCUGUCGACGAACAGGUCGUUUACACCCUCCCCAGCGAUCCUGUUCCUCGCGCCAUCAGCUUUGCGGACAAUGUCCUCUACUUCUUCCGCCGCCACCACUACAACAUGCAGUACCUGCGGCUCUUCAACUACGGCAUUCCCGGAAUACACUAUCAGGAUGACUACAAAUCGCUUAUGGCAGCAAAGUACAUGAACGAAUAUCAACCCUAUGUCAACAGCUUGACUGCCUGGUGGAAGCAGCUCCCUCCUGAGCUCCACAUGUUUCACGAAAGCACGAUCCACGACUACAGGUUUGGUGACAUGUCUUGGAUCGAGUCGGUCCAAAUCUCCCUGUUUUAUCACGGCACCGUGGCUGUUACCCUCUUCCCUCGAAUCAUCUUUGAGCUGUGGACGGACCAGUGCUCGACCGAGUCUGCGGCCUACAAGCAGUGCCAUGCUGCCGUCAGCGAAUUCUACCAUGUGUUUUUCCUGAUCAAUCACCACAACGCAAAUACGAAGCUGCUCGAUCGCGACCCUAUCAAGUACCUCUUGAUCUACGUUCACUGCGCCCGUCUUUUGUGCAAUCGUGUCGCCGAGCGUGUCGAGUUCACUCAGGGACUCUACCCUUUCCCCAAUGUCGAAAUCACUGAGGACAAUGCCCCGGUCAUUGACGUUAUCAGUCGCAUCAACCGAUUCCACUACUUUGACUGUGGGGCUCCAUCACCCUACAUCGUUCCUCUCUCGCCUCCCAGCACCCCGCUCCAGGAAUUGGGGCAUCCGUCGCCCACCUUGGUCCAAGAUCCUCAGGGCAUCGACAUUUCCCAGUGGGAAGGUCGCCAUCUCGCCAAGAUUCCUUUCGAGCUGCGAUUCUUCUGCUCGGCAAUCAUGGAGGCGUACUUUAGCCAUGUUCCGUUCCAAGUCGGCAUGGGCCCCUGGAUGCCCACAACCCUGCUGGCCCAUGUCCAAAACAGCUUUUGCGCCGCAAUGCAAGCGUGAGUCGGUUCUUCAAGAUGCUCGUGCCAAAUCCGGGGCUUUCUCCCCUCCCCUCCAACCCCACGAUCCCAGGCCUCGCCGACAAUACCAGUCCUCCCCAGCCCACACUCCUCGCUCGCCCAAAGUCUUCCCCCCCUCCCUUCAUCGUUUCCUGACGCCAGACCUGGUCCUCCUCUCACACAACGAUCCUCCUCGAAACCACUCCCUCCAACUCUCUUCGCCGCCAUCUCGCCCCACGCCUUCCUAUGGACACAACCCUCGCUAUAUUCUAUUGCUUUCCACCGCCUCUCCGCUGAUUUGACA